ACCUCCUCUUCACUCUACCAUCUCUAGAGGGGAGAGGGCUGACUGACCAUUCCCAGUUCCGCCUUUUCGAUCAGCUUCCUCUACUCCUCCUCAUUCUCCAAUGGCGAUCUCCUCCUCUAAGAUCGUCUCCAUCUUCAUCGUCCUCUCUCUCCUCUCCCUUGAUUUGGUGCACGCUGGCAUGGGCUCUGGUUCCUCAAUGGCGCCUGGUCAGGACCACAAGAGUCCUGCUCCGACUCCUCUGCCUCCGCCAGCACUAGAUUGCGAUGCGGCAUGCGGGGUGAGGUGCAGCCUGUCGUCGCGGCCCAACCUCUGCAAGAGGGCGUGCGGCACCUGCUGCUUCAGAUGCCACUGCGUCCCCUCUGGCACCGCCGGCCACUACGAAGAGUGCCCCUGCUACGCCUCCCAGACCACUCACGGCGGCGUCCGCAAGUGUCCUUAAUAGGAAGAUCAUUCCGGCCAUGAUCUGAAAGCAUAUAUAAGAAUGUCUCCCCUUCUACGCGAUCUCUGCUGUUGUUGUUGUCGUUUCGUCAGUUUUUUUCUGUCUAUAAUGAAGUAUUUCUGAUAGAUA